CCCAUUCUUCCUUCGUACGCGUGGGUGCAACGUUCGACCUGCAGGGAAAGCGGCUAAGGGAGCGACCCUAGAUUUCCUCCCCCUUCUCCAGCCAAUUCUCAGCUUCACUUCCGGUCUCUUUAUUUCUUGUUCUUCCUGCCCCCGCCCUCCAACCUUUUUUCCUCUUCCGGUUGAAAAAGUAGGUGGUGCAGUUAGAAUCUUCAGUUCCGGUCCAGGUUGGCCUCUCCUGAGGCCAGAAAGUGCUCUGGCCGUGAUCCGAGGUUGGUGCCUUCACUUGCACAAUGGCCCGAAAUGCAGAAAAGGCCAUGACGGCCUUAGCAAGAUUUCGCCAAGCUCAACUGGAGGAGGGAAAAGUGAAGGAACGAAGACCCUUCCUUGCUUCGGAAUGUACUGAGUUGCCCAAAGCUGAGAAAUGGAGAAGACAGAUCAUUGGAGAAAUCUCUAAAAAAGUGGCUCAGAUUCAGAAUGGUAUCUUUCAUUUGUUCUUUAAUUUUUCGACCAAGCUCAAUCAGUUCUCUGGCUUAGGUGAAUUCCGAAUUCGAGACCUGAAUGAUGAAAUUAACAAAUUGCUAAGAGAGAAAGGACACUGGGAGGUCCGGAUAAAGGAGCUGGGCGGUCCUGAUUAUGUAAAAGUUGGCCCUAAAAUGCUGGAUCAUGAAGGAAAAGAAGUCCCAGGAAAUCGGGGUUACAAAUACUUUGGAGCAGCAAAAGAUUUGCCUGGUGUUAGAGAGUUAUUUGAAAAAGAACCUCUUCCUCCUCCAAGAAAAACACGUGCUGAGCUCAUGAAGGCAAUAGAUUUUGAAUACUACGGUUACCUUGAUGAAGAUGAUGGUGUUAUUGUGCCUUUGGAACAGGAAUAUGAAAAGAAACUCAGAGCCAAAUUGGUGGAAAAGUGGAAAGUAGAGAGAGAGGCUCGGCUAGCAAGAGGAGAAAAGGAAGAGGAGGAAGAAGAGGAGGAAGAGAUUAACAUCUAUGCUGUUACCGAGGAGGAGUCUGAUGAAGAAGGCAGCCAGGAGCAUGGAGGGGAAGACGGGCAGCAGAAGUUCAUCGCUCAUGUCCCUGUGCCAUCACAACAAGAGAUCGAGGAGGCACUUGUGCAGAGGAAGAAGAUGGAACUCCUUCAUAAGUAUGCAAGUGAGACUCUGCAGGCCCAGAGUGAAGAGGCCAAAAGACUCAUGGGAUAUUAGGGCUGAGGAAGGGCUCUCUUUGGGGUCUGGAAAUCUGUUGGGAGUUCUUCAGCUCCACUGGAACUUGCAUUAACCCACUGGCUCUGCUGUCCUUGGACUGCAGACUGGUAGGCUAGUGCUGUGAGGCUUCCUGCUCUUUCUUACUGUUCAUUUUUCUCUUACCUUUUGUUACCUCAUCUGCUGAUCUCAGAUAAGGGAGUCUGCCCCAUCCUUCCCUAGCAGGUUUUCUACAUGCUAGCAGUUCAGUGGUCAUCUGUGUACAAAUAUUUUGAUAUUGUAUGAACCCACUUAUUUUUCUCUUGAGUGUGUAAAACAUGCUGCUAACUGGCUGCCUGUGUUUUAUUUAGCUUUCUACUAUCAUUUGGUGGGGAGGGUGAUCAAUUACUACCAUUAAAAAAUACAGUUUUUCUAAAAAGACAUUAUUUGUAACUCCUCUUGAAAAAUGAAAUGUGUCAGUCCUGAACUCACAUCCCAUAUGUCAAUAGCCAGCCAGAGCUGUAUGUUUUGAGCCUGGCACAGUUCUCUGUGGCCUGCUCAGCCUGUGUGAUUCCCUCCUGUCCAGAUGGCAGGAAAUUGAGUUUACUUUUGUUUUAUGACUGGUUUUGUAGAGAGCUAUUUUUAUUAAAGCUUUUUAUAUGAGA